CAGCUUUCACAGUCAAAUUAACGUUAAAUUUCACUGGGGGAUCGCUUUGUUCACUUAGAUCACCAGAACUCCUCAGAGCGACACAUCGAAGCAGCUAGCAAUGGAGUAUCUUGGAAUUAUCACAGCAAUGUUAGUGAUGCUGAGGAGUUGUUCUGCAGAAUGUGACCAGGGAUGGAAAUCGUUUAACAGCAAGUGCUAUAAAAUGUUUGAGGGAGAAAAGUCAUGGGAUGAUGCGAAGACGUCCUGCGAGGGAACUGGUGCCCACUUGGUAAAGAUUGAAUCUGCUGAUGAAAACAUUUUCCUGUUGAACAGUUUUCUGCAGUUAUUACCGAACGAUAAUAAUCGUGAGGCUUGGACUGGACUCUCAGAUAAGAAAGAGGAAGGAGAUUUUGUGUGGACUGAUGGUGCGACACCAGAAUAUACAAACUGGGCGGCCGAACAACCCAAUGAUGAGGAUGACGAACAAGACUGCGUCGAGAUUGUGAAUGGUGUUUUCUGGCCCGGAGGUUUGCCACAAAUUGGACUUUGGAAUGAUUUCCAGUGUAAAAAGGCGUUGAUGUUUAUAUGUGAAAAGGCGGAGUAACUGAUAAAUGCUUGUGUUCAAGGUACGAUUUUAUUCUUGAAGGACUUUAUCAAUGUAACGCUACAUGAUUCGAACGUAUGCCUACGUCGCGUCUGUGUUUCUCACGUUACACAGACAUCAUUAUUUGUAACCGAAGUUAAAGUGAAUCUGUCCUCGUACACGCUAACCUUGAAACCCAACAGUCUGUAAGCUUUAUUGCUAUCGGCUUGGCUAUUGUCAUCAUCGUUAUUAACUUCAUUAUGGCGAUUUUAAUCGCGAAUUAUAUGUAUUUCAGCCACUUGAUUAAUUCGUUCCCCAAACCUCUGUUACAGGCCAUGGCUGUGCCAGGUCUAAGGAUGUUAUUUACGUCACUUUGAUUGAGAACUGUAAGAGUUUGCUUUCCUAUCAUAAAUUAAAGUAUU